AAUCAUUUGUUAUUGUUUAAUUGAUCUGUCACACAUAUAAACAUUCAUUUAUAAUACGCUGACAUCUGAUCACUGACUAAGCUGAAAUUGCAAAGUGCAAGUGCAAAAAUGUCUGAAUUUUUCCAAUUCGUACCGGACGAUAUCCAUGCAAUAAUUGGUGAGAAUUUCUCUUUUCCAGCCAAUGCAGAUUCCAUAAUAAAAGCUCCACCAGCCUCUGCUUCUGUGGUCGAAAAUCUGCCAGUAAUCACAAUAGAGGAAAAAGGGAAGGAGUGCAUAAUAUGUUUGAAGGAGUUCGAAGUUGGAAGUAAAGGGAUGCAGAUGCCCUGCAAGCACACCUACCACACAGAAUGCAUACUCCACUGGCUGAGUAAGACCAACUCAUGUCCUUUGUGCAGAGAAGAAUUGCCAACAGAUGAUCAGUUUUAUGAGGAAUAUAGGAAAAUGAAGAAGAGAGAGGCACAAAGAAAGGAAAUGCUGAAGGAUCUACACAAUUCAAUGUUCACAUAAUUUACAUUUAAUGGAAAAGGUUAAACUUAUAAUUUUAUAAAUGCAGGUUUAGGAGUAUAUUACAAAUUAUGCAACACAUUUUACGAUGCUCUUGCAGCAUUCUCUAUAAUAUAGUUCAAGUAAAGAGAUGAUGUUGAAUAAAACUAUGAUAAAAUUUUAAA